AUGGCCCACAAACUGAGUAUUGAGGCAUUAGACCGCACCUUAAAGGACAUAAGAAACAACAACAAGACUAUGGGGGGAGUCACGGUGUUGUUCUCUGGAGGUUUCAGACAGACUCUGCCCGUUGUAGUGUGUGGGACGUGGAUGGACGGGAUCAAAGCCUCUCUAAAAAGAUCUUUUAUGUGGUCGACCAUUGAGCGUCUCUCCUUAACAAUAAAUAUGAGAGUUCGUUUUGGGGAAGAACAAGGGGUUGAGGAGUUUUCUGAGGUCCUUUUGCAAGUUGGGGACGGGACAUUGGAAAACACUGAUGGUCUCAUAAACAUCCCUCCUUCACUCGGCACAAUCGUCGAAUCACAGGAACAAAUGAUCGACAGUGUUUUCCCCGGGUUCAUGAACUGCUCAACUUGGAAAGUGCCUGGCUCUGUGAUCGUGCCAUCCUCACGUCCACCAAUGAACAAACAACGGAGAUCAACAAGAAGGUGA